AUGAAGCCUACGGACUUUCCUGUUUUGGGAGCAUUUCAGUGCCGUAAACAUUCUGAACGCGAAACUUGCUUAUUUGACGUAAACCAUUGCUUAGGUGGAAAUCAACGGGAUCUUGCUCGCGAGAAGAACCUGAAAAAACAGUUGGAACAGAAGAAAAAAGCUGGAGCAGCUGCGAAGGAAGGGAAUUUGGGUCUCUCAACAGAUGCAAGAAAGAUUCGUGAUGCCGAAGUAAUGCGACUGAAACAGGAGAAGGCGGCUGCGAAAAAGGCUGCAGACGAUGCAGCGAAGGCUGCCGAUGCUAAGAAAUUGGCUAAAAUCGACCCUCUCAAGAUGUAA